AAAAUGUUAUACAAAAAAUUCCAAAUAACGUAUAAGAGUAAAAAAUUAUUAUUCUCUCUCUGUUUAGUUUUAUGUAUGAUAUAUCUUUAAUGUAUUGUUAUGUUCACUUUUUUUAAAUAAAUGCAAUUGUAUAAAAUAAUUAACACAUUACAAAUCUAAUAUUUCUUUUGUGUGCUAAUGCAUUAUAUGUACAAUUCGUUUGUUAGCAAAAGAUUUCUGCAUGUAAUGCGAAUGAAAUGUAAUGUAUUACAGACAGAAUUUUGCUCACUACGAAUAUGCUUAUUUAUUAUAUCUAUGAAUAAAAGCAAUUCUGCGCAUGCGCCAGAAAAAGAAAUAUCACAAUGAGUUUACUAAUCAGAAUGGUCUGUGGUUAGUAGUCUUGAAGAGAAGCUCGAACGUUCAAGUGAAUUGCAAAUCGAAUCAACACCGCGUUUAUGUGUUUUUGUAUUUUUAUUAUAACCAAUAAACGUUUUAUAGAAAUUAUUCUAUACCUGUAGUGUUUCAUUUUAACAUUUUUUCUAGUAACAAUUAAAUAACUUAUACAAGUGGUGUUCGAUUUAUGUUUGACAUGUUACAUGACAAUAAUUAAGGAAAUUUAAAGAAGCUAAUUUGACCACACGUUCAACACAACUUUUCAAUUAUAAUUAAAUAUGGCUCCAACAGUAUGCUUGCCAGAAUUAUCAGUUGUCAAAAGUCGAGAAAAUCUUUACACGUGUCGACAACAAAGAAUUUGUCGUAUUAUUAAAGGAAAACAACAAAGACGAAAAUUAAAACGAUUAACUAACAACAUCGUUGAAAAUCCUAUCGUUGAAAAAUCAAUAACAACAUCGUCAAUGAAGAAUUAUUUUUACGAAGAUAAUCAUUGUCACGAGUCCGUUGAUAUAAAUAUAUCAUCAUCAAACAUUUCAACAAAACUUUUUACAGAAUUGAAGGAACAAUGUGAUGUAAUAUUUCCAAGAUGUGAAGGUUUAUUUAGUAUUGUCGUUCGUACAUUGGCUCUUGUACGACGUAAUCGUAUUCUUCAGGAACGAGUUAAUGCUUUACGUGCUGAAACACAAGAUUUUAUUCGAUCGAUUUUAAAUAAUCCACAAAAUAAACAUAAACAAGAAGAAGAAGAAGAAGAAGAUACUAUAGAAAGAAAUAAUUGCAAAGAUGCAACAGUUUCAUCUUCUACAGAAGAAAUCGUUUUGAAGCCAACGUUAUCGCAUAUUCCAUCAUCGAGAAAUUCUUCGCCGGAUAUUGUUACGUCCACGUGUCAGAGUCCUUGGGAAAAUGAAGAUUAAUUUAUCAUCACCUUCAUAUGAAGAAUUUAACAAAUAUAACUGUACAUAUAUAUAUAUUAUUUUA